GGGAUGGGGAUGAGGAUGGGGAGGGAGGCCCCGCUCCGCCCGGCCCCGGAGGCGGAGCCAGCGCCCGGCGCGGCGGGAUCGGGAGCAGCCACAUCCCGCAAGGGAAGGAGGAGCGGGGAGCGGGGCGGCGGCAGCGGGGCCGGAGCCGGAGCCCGGAGCUCGGAGCUCCAGCAGCGGGGCCGCCCCGCGCCGCCGCCAGCGCCGCAGCGCAGGAUGUGGUGGGACGAGCGGGUGUCGGCGCGGUUCCGGAGGAACCUGCAGCCCACCCUCACCUACUGGAGCGUCUUCUUCAGCUUCGGCCUCUGCAUCGCCUUCCUGGGGCCCACGCUGCUGGACCUGCGCUGCCAGACCCAGAGCUCGCUCUCGCAGAUCACCUGGGUGUUCUUCUCGCAGCAGUUCUGCCUCCUGCUCGGCAGCUGCCUCGGAGGGGUCUUCAAGAGGACGCUGGCCCAGUCCCUGCUGGCCCUGUUUGCCUCGUCCCUGGCCAUCUCUCUGGUGUUUGCCAUCAUCCCCCUGUGCCACAACGUGGUGGUGCUGGCCGUGGUCAUGGCCGUGGCCGGGCUGGCCAUGGGCUGCAUCGACACCAUCUCCAACAUGCAGCUGGUCAAGAUCUACCAGAAGGACUCUGCCAUCUUCCUGCAGGCCCUGCACUUCUUCGUGGGUUUCGGGGCCCUGCUGAGCCCCCUGAUCGCCGACCCCUUCCUGUCGGACACCAACUGCAUCCUGGCCAACGGCACGGCCAACGCCUCCAGCAACCUGCCGCACAUCCGCAAGUCGCUGCUGCCGCACCACCCCGGCAACCUGUCCCACUACGCCCUGCCCAUGAAGGGCAUGGUGGUGACACGCGUGUCCUACGCCUUCUGGAUCAUGGCCCUCAUCAACCUGCCAGUGCCCAUCGCUGUGUUCUUCCUGCUCUACAAGGAGCGCAUGGUGCCCUGCUUCAACGGCAGCAGCCACCCGCUGCUGUCAGCUGAUGAGCUGGCCCUGGAGACGCGGCCUGGGGACAAGGACGAGCUCUCCACCGCUGCCCAGAGACCCCACACAGCUGCAGGUCACGAGGAUUUGUUCAGCUGCUGCCAGAGCAAGAACUUCCGAGGGGUUUCCUUCACCUAUUUCGCCGUGCACAUCACCGGCGCUCUGGUUCUCUUCAUGACUGAUGGGAUCGUGGGAGAGUACUCGGGGUUCGUGUACAGCUACGCCGUGGAGGAGCCUCUGGCCGUGGUGCACAAGGUGGCCGGGUACCUGCCCAGCCUCUUCUGGGGCUUCAUCACCCUGGGCAGGCUCAUCUCCAUCCCCGUGUCCUACAGGAUGAAGCCAGCCACCAUGGUCUUCAUCAACGUGGUCGGGGUGCUCAUCACCUUCCUGCUGCUCCUGAUCUUCUCCUCCAGCGUGGUUUUCCUGUUUGUGGGCACGGCCUCGCUGGGGCUGUUCCUCAGCAGCGCCUUCCCCAGCAUGCUGGCCUACACCGAGGACAUCCUGCAGUACCAAGGUUGUGCCACCACCGUGCUGGUGACUGGAGCUGGCAUUGGAGAGAUGGUGCUGCAGCUGCUGGUGGGCUCGAUUAUCCACGAUCGGGGCAGCUACAGUUUCCUGGUGUGUGGGAUGAUCUUUGGAUGCUUGGCCUUCACCUUCUACGCCCUGCUGGUGUUUUUCCACAGGAUGUACCCCAAGCCCUGCCCAGAGCUGGACGAGGCCUCCCCGGAGAAAGCAGCAGUGCCUGAGGACACGGGGCAGUACCAGCGCUGAGGGAGGGCCCGGCCCGGCACAAGCAAUAAACCCAGCCCCAAUUAAACAUUAAUCCCGAGGGCGAUUUCACAUUUAAUGAACUGAAUCAUGCAAGUUCUCUGCAAUCAAAAGCACAGUAGGUGGGGUAAGGCAGAAUCGAAGAAAUCAAGCCCAAAAUGUCGAGCUGAGCACGGGGUUGUGCCAAGAAUCCUGCCAGCCUGAUCCUGGGACUAAAAGCAGGGACAUUUGCACAGCAAUUCCUCCUGCAAAUGAAGUUUUUUUUCUCCUGCAAAUGAAGUUUAUUUUUCUCCUGCAAAUGAAGUUUUUUUUUUUUCUCCUGCAAAUUAAGUUUAUUUUCUCCUGCAAAUGAAGUUUUUUUCUCCUGCAAAUCAACUUUUUUUACCUGCUCAGAACACAGGGUGAAAAGGAAAAGCUGCUCUCUGCUCCUCGUCCAAGACUGAAUCUUGACAAGAUUUUAU